UAGUAAAAGAAAAAUGGAAAAGUUUUUACAACAAGAGUAUUUGAAAACCAGUGAAGGAGACAAGAACAGGAAGAGAGAAAAAAAAACAGUCCAGGAAGUGAGAAAACAAAGACAGAAAUAAGAGUGGUUAGAGUUAAACAAAGUCAUAUGAGAGCGUGGAACGAAGAGCAUGCACGAUAGAAUAACAGUUGAUGAGACUCAACAAACAACAUAUUUGUGUUAGUCAGAGGGAGAAUAAAGGAAUUCAGUUAAUGAGCAAUACAUUUUACAGCAAGUUAUAUUUUUGAUACCGUCUACAGCUGAAAAAUGAGUGAGUCAAAUAUCUGCCAGGUGAGAGCAACAGUAAUGCUGUAUGACGAUACUAACAAGCGCUGGGUGCCAGCAGGAUCUGAUAGUCCUGCCUUCAGCCGUGUCCAGAUCUUUCAUAACCCAGUGGCCAACACAUACAGAGUGGUGGGCCGAAAACUGCAGGCAGACCAGCAGGUGGUGAUCAACUGUCCCAUUAUCAAAGGGAUGAAAUAUAAUCAAGCCACACCCAACUUUCAUCAAUGGCGGGAUCCUAAGCAGGUGUGGGGGCUGAACUUUGGUAGUAAAGAAGAUGCUGCUCUUUUUGCCCAUUCCAUGAUGCAAGCUUUAGAGGCUCUCAGUGUUCAGGAUGACUCAGCUCAGCGUGGAGCUUCUGCACAGGAGCUGGAACAAAACAGAAGACUAGAGCGUCAAAGGCAGGAACAGCAGGAGAAGGACAGCCUUGAGGAAGAGAGACAGGCCUCUGUUGCUAAACCAGUCCCAGCGGCUGCACCAUCAGCCCCAUCAGCUGCCCAACUAGCUCCCCCACCACCUCCAGGACCACCUUGCCCACCUGCACCUGCACCUCCACCUCCACCUCCACCUCCUCCUUCAUGGAGCAAUGUCCCACCAGCACCAUCCCCACCCUCUGCUCAAACAAGUGGAGGUAGUUCUGGAGUUGGAGGUGGAGGGGGAAACAAUCUGGCUGCAGCUCUUGCAGGAGCUAAACUGCGUAAGACUGUCACGGGUGAAGGAGGAGAAGCAACCCAAGACCCCAAACCACCAUUGGCAUCUGGUGGAGGUGGGGCUGGAAAUUUAAUGGGAGAAAUGAGUGCAAUUCUGGCCAGGAGAAAGAAAGCUGCUGAUGAUCCUGCUGCAAAAAAAGCAGAACACAAGGAAGAUUCUAACUGCUCAAAAUCUAAAUUCUCUGGGGCAGGAGAAAUACAGGGGAAGGCUCAGGAACAUUCUGCCAGCACUCAAAGGCCCAAACACUUUCCCAACAAUCAAAGGGACUCCACACAUAAACCCCCGAACGCUUCAGUGUCCAGGAUCAAGGUGUCCAAAAAAGGCUCAGAAGGUGAAGGAAGUGAUAUUGAUAUGGAACAGUUCAAACAGGAAAUUGUGGAAGAAAUGAAAAGGGAACUUCAAAAAGUGAAGGAUGAGAUUAUUAUGGCUCUUCUUCAGGAGCUACGAAGUUCCCAGCAAGAGUGAAGGUUGAAGACUUUUAAAGGACUGGAAAGGAGCAAUAAAAACAAAUAAAUUCAAUCCUCCCCACUUACAACUUUUUCAGGCUGAUGGAUGCAAUAAGAGAUUGAAAUUUCCAUGGCUACCCAAUUACAUCGUAGUCUCUGACUUUUUGUAAUUUCGGCAGCUGGUUAGUUUUAUUCUUCUAAACAAUCUAAAAUAUCAUGGAUUGAGAGACUGGCUUCUGUUGCAUUUUUCUCCAAGUGUGGCAUGAUUUUUCACAGAUUGAACACAAUGGAAGCCCGACUCUUUAUGUCUCAAUUCAUUUGAAUGGGAAUGCCCAUCAAUGCAUUGAUCCUGACCUCCCCCCACCCCCUUGCUCUCUAUCCCUCUUCCUGCAUCUUAUCCCAUCUCUCCCCCUAUCUCUUUCCAAGCCCGGCGCAGUCUAGGCCUGUGAAGACUGUUUCGUCAUGAGCCGGGGAGCCGGCCGAAGAUUUCUGCCUUUUAAUAAGGCAGUUUUUUCUUACCACUGUAACUUUUGCUGCUUUGCUAAAGUGCUCAUGAUGGAUAGGCCGGAUCUUUGUAACAUAGCAAUAAGUAAGGUCUUUUACCUGCUUUUUGUAACAUAAGAAUGAGUAAGGUCUUUUUACCUGCUCUUUUGUAAUGUUAACAGACAAUGAGUAAGGUAUUUUACCUGCUUCUUGUAAAGUGUCUCGAGAUAACACUUGUUAUGAGUUGACGCUAUACAAAUAAAAAUUGAUUGAUAAAAUUGAAUUGAUUGAUUCCAUUGAUGGGCAUAACAAAUACAUUAUAUGAUAUGUAUGAACCUAAUAAAGGCCACAAGCCCAAAAUGGGUGGGUGAAAUAAAGUUCAUAAAGUUGAUCUUCAUACUGCUUGUUGCUAGAGCUUUUUGACUUCACUCUGCAUGUGCCUUCGUAGUUGGUUAAGUUGUGCCAGAACACUCUACUUCGCUUUUUAUGUGCCUAUAUGAAUUUUUCUGUUGCAACAGGUAUAUGUACUUUGUUUCAAGCCACAGCUGAGCCCAGAGAUAUUAAUACAGGUUGUCAAGUGUCCAUUAUGCAAACAUUUGAGAAAACGGCCUUAUCUUAAUUUUGAUGUUUGGCACAUUAAACAUGAGUUCAAACCUG